UCAAAACUUUCCUCUGCCAGUCUUCAGUCUCGUCAAGACCAAAUUUUGCUCCUUCAACUAAUACUGAGAUGAAAAGGAGGUCAAAAACGUCUUCUGCAAGCAAUCUUCCUGUCAUCCUUAACAUUGAUGACUUUAAGGGUAAUUUUUCGUUUGAUGCAUUAUUUGGCAACUUGGUUAAUGAGCUCCUGCCGUCUUUACGCGAAGAUGAAGUAGAUUCGGGAGAUGGACACGGCAUUGGAGGGACUGAUGCUCUGCCAAAUGGACAUACCCGUACAACUUCUGAUGCUACAAAAGUUGCGCAAGGACUCAAUGCACCUCUAUUUCCAGAAGUAGAUGCUUUAUUAUCACUGUUCAAGGAUUCUUGUAAAGAGUUGAUUGAACUUCGCAAGCAGAUUGAUGGAAAACUCAACAAUCUCAAGAAAGAGGUUUCUACUGAAGAUGCUAAGCACCGGAAGACACUAACUGAGCUGGAAAAAGGUGUAGAUGGCUUAUUCAACAGUUUUGCAAGGUUGGAUUCACGUAUUUCAAGUGUUGGGCAGACUGCUGCAAAAGUGGGAGAUUAUUUGCAGAGUGCAGAUGCUCAGCGUGAAACUGCUAGUCAAACCAUAGAGCUCGUAAAGUACCUGAUGGAGUUUAAUAGUAGCCCAGGCGAUCUAACGAAACUUUCACCUCUAUUUUCUGAUGACAGCCGUGUUGCUGAGGCUGCGUCAAUUGCACAGAAAUUGCGAUCGUUUGCUGAGGAGGAUAUUACAAGAGCUAUGCCAUCAGUUACAGCUGGUACAACUGCCAGCAGAGGAUUGGAAAUUGCAGUUGGUAAUCUUCAAGAGUAUUGCAAUGAGCUGGAGAACAGAUUGUUGGCUCGGUUUGAUGCUGCAUCACAGAGAAGGGAAUUGUCUACCAUGUCCAAAUGUGCUAAAAUUUUAUCUCAGUUCAACAGGGGCACUAGUGCCAUGCAACAUUAUGUAGCAACCCGGCCAAUGUUCAUUGAUGUGGAAGUGAUGAAUUCAGACACUAAUUUAGUUCUGGGCGACCGAGUUUCUCCUAACUAUAUUUCCCGUGGUCUUUCUAAAUUAUACAAAGAAAUUACAGAUACUGUACGAAAAGAAGCUGCCACAAUUAUGGCAGUAUUUCCUUCUCCUAAUGAUGUUAUGUCAAUCUUAGUUCAGCGAGUUUUGGAGCAGCGAGUUACUUCUCUUUUGGACAAAUUAUUGGAGAAACCAUCUCUUGCGCAUCCCCGUCCCAUGGAGGAAGGUGGAAUUUUAUUGUAUCUGAGAGUGUUAGCUGUGUCAUAUGAGAAGACUCAAGAACUUGCUAGAGACCUGCGAGCCGUUGGAUGUGGUGAUUUGGAUGUUGAAGGUCUUGCAGAGUCUCUUUUUUCUUCUCACAAGGAUGAAUAUCCUGACUAUGAGAAAGCCUCUCUUAGGCAACUGUAUCAAGCAAAGUUGGAAGAACUGCGUGUUGAAAGCCAGAGAGUCUGUGAGCCUAGUGGAACAAUAGUUCGUUCUAAAGGGGCUUCAGCGGCUUCUUCCCCUCAGGAGAUAUCUGUUGCAGCUGCAACAGAGUUUGUGCAGUGGAAUGAAGAAGCAAUAUCCAGAUGCACAUUAUUUUCCUCGUUGCCAGUUACACUUGCAGCCAAUGUUAGAGCAGUGUUCACUUGCCUACUCAACCAAGUUAGCAAAUACAUAACAGAUGGACUUGAACGGGCUAGAGAUGGCUUGACUGAAGCUGCAAGCUUGAGGGAAAGAUUUGUGAUAGGUACAAGUGUUAGUAGAAGGGUGGCUGCUGCAGCUACUUCUCAGGCAGAAGCUGCUGCAGCUGCUGGUGAAACCAGUUUCAAAGCUUUCAUGGUCGCAGUACAACAUUCCGGCAGUAGUGUGGUCAUAAUUCAGCAAUACUUUGCAAAUUCUAUAUCUAGGCUCUUAUUACCUGUGGAUGGUGCUCAUGCUGCUGCUUGUGAAGAAAUGGCAACUGCAAUGUCUAGCGCGGAGAGUGCUGCUUAUAAAGGGCUUCAGCAAUGCAUUGACACUUUGAUGGCCGAGGUUGAGCGGUUGUUAACAGCCGAACAAAAGACUGCUGAUUACCAACCAAAUGAUGAUGGAAUGAUUCAUGAUCAUCGUCCAACAAAUGCUUGCACAAGAGUUGUUGCUUAUCUUUCUCGGGUCCUCGAGGCUGCAUUCACUGCAUUAGAGGGUCUUAACAAACAAGCAUUCUGA